AAACAACUUGACAUUCAACAUUUCUUCCUCUCUCUUGAUACAAUCAAACAACUUCAUUGAACUCUCCUCAUCAAAAAACAAAUUCCAAAUCCAAACCACCAUCCAAAAAUGUCUGCCCAAAACCAAGGCCGUCAAUCCCCUCCUCCCGAGGAGCAAAGCGGAGCCCAACAACAAGACGCUCCCUCCUCCGGAACAGGAGUCAACCCCGAGACCAAGAACAAGGAAGAGAGCGAGUCUCAACUCGAGGGACUUUCGUCUAACCCUAAGGGACCUCUUGAUGAUCAUGUUGCGGAGGUGGCAAAGAAGACAGUUAAUCAAUAAACACAAAGAGGGUGCUAUUGUACACAGAAUUAUGGGCUUUGACGGUAUCAGGGCAUAUACAUGGAGGACAGGUUUUUCCAUAGAAUGAAAUGCCAUUUCAUGAUUUCGAUGCUUUAGACACCGCAGACUUUAGUGAGCAGGCAAUUGGUUGAAAGAGCGGGUCCUCGCAGCUUAUUCACGGUCCUGCAUAUAGCACAUGAAAAUCAAUUGAUGUCAUGC